AUAUGUCAUCACUAUCAUUACAUAUUCAUUAUACUUUUGUGUAUUUAUGCUCAAGGUCUGUUCUGCCUGAGUGGUUGGCCUAACAAUAAUAAUACAGCUUGUAGAUCUCCCAUUGCCGUUGAGGCCUCUUUGGACAGGAAGAUUUUGCCCUUUUCCCUCAUACAGAAAGAAAAUGGCUUCUUUUUCAGUAGAGGACUUUGUAGGGAAUGGGGUUUUGAAGGAGCUGGUCCAGAAGUUAUUAGAAGAUGGUUGGGAUGAUGUGCCAACUUUGAAGGUCAUGAGUUCAGAAGAUAUGGCUGCAAUAAACAUGACACAAAGGCAAAAGGAUGCAAUGGAAAUUAGAUCAUACCUGCAUGAUCGUGCUCUCAUGCAGUAUGGAGAUAAGCUAGAGGCAUCUGGAAAAUGUUUGCCUGAGCUUCUGAGCUUAAGCUCUGGUGAUCUCUCUGCCCAGUUUGGCAUGAAGAGAGGUCACAUCGCCCGUUUCACAGACAGAACCAGUGCAUGUGCAGAACCCUUGCCCAAACCAUACAACCAACCUGCGAGGAAAAUGACUGGCACAGAAUCUGGAAAUAAUAGCGUUUCCAAGAGUUUUGGUUCUGUCAACUCAAAAAUGAAGCAGAGCACAUCAAAAUUAUCUGCUAGAAGUAGCAUGGAUUAUGAAAAAUCGCUUGAACAAUCCCUGGCUGAUUUUAAGAUUAAAGAUGGAUACGUCUUUAAAGGGAUUGUUGCUUCUGGACCUGCUGAACCUCGAGCAUGUGGUUGUGUACAGCCUCCUGCAGUAGUUGAUGAAGUUGCUCCUUAUGCUUUCAUCGAGAACAUAUCAGUUGAGAAACUAGCUCCUGAGUAUAAAAUUGGAAUGGAACGCUUGGUGAAAACCAAAGCGCCCCCAAUGAAGGCCGUAGAACUGUGGCGAGAUAAACCUGCAGUCCUCCUCUGCAUCAGGCGUCCUGGGUGCAUCAUGUGCAGAGCUGAAGCUCACCAACUGUAUGCCAAGAAACCCAUGUUUGAUGCACUAGGAAUUCAGCUAAUUGCAGUUCUUCAUGAAUAUAUAGAGUCAGAGGUGAAAGACUUCUGGCCCCGAUAUUGGGGUGGUGUUGUACUCUAUGAUCGGGAAAGGCAAUUCUUCAAAGCUCUUGGAGGCGGAGAACUGCUAAAGGACAAGUUCAUAUCAGGAUUUAUUUUGAACCCACGAGCUAUUGCAAAUUACAAGCGUGCAAAAGCUAUGGGAAUAAAGCAAAACUUCAAAGGGGAAGGAGAGAUUAAAGGUGGCCUCUUCAUAAUUGGCAGAGGAAAAAGUGGCAUUGCUUACCAGUUUAUUGAAAGGAAUUUUGGUGAUUGGGCUCCUGUAGCUGAAGUAAUUGACAUUUGCAGCAAGUUGCAGAACCAGCAGCAAAGUCAAGAGAAAUCCAUCAAAAUAUAACAGGAAUAAAAGAAGUUUGUCAUAAUUAUCCAUAAUUUCUUCUGAUUCACCUUCUAUUAUAUUUCUGUUCCUUGUAAUUCAGGAUAGAAGAAAUGAUCAUGUUCUUUUCUGAUCUUAUCCACAUUAGAUAAAUUGUUGCCGGUUCGAGCACACUUUCAGGAUGCAAUUGCUACGGUGUCUUUUACCUGGGAAAUGCAAUAUAUGCACAAUCUUUUGUGAUGCUUUAGUUACAACUGUAGUUUGUUUGGCAUUUUAUGGCUUGUAUUGAAAAGAAAAUUUAAUGGAAGUUCUGCAAAUUUUCCAAUAA